AUGGAAAUACAAAGUCAAAAGCGAUCGAAGUCAACCUCAGCUGAAACGGAACAUGGAAGACCAGCUAAACGACCACAUACAGAAUCUCGCAAAAGCAGUGGUUCAGUUGACCAUCAUUCCUAUAGUGCACAAAGGGAUAGGAGAAGUAGUGCAAUAAAAUGUGCGAAAAAGUCGCCAAAUACAACCAACAGUCCUGUAAAAUCAUCCAUUCCGUCUUCUGAUGUAGCUGAGUCAGACGGUUUUGUUCCUGUAGACUCUCAACGUGUUUCAGCUCUUCGUCUGCGUAUUCGUAAACAUUCCUCGGUUUUGAUGUCCCCCGAUUCCGUUUCUCCAUCCUCCCCAUCUACAACUGGGUCAACUGCUACAUUAGAAGCACGUCACGGAUCUGAGCAGUCGCAUACGUCGUCCAACGAUCCAUUGAAAAUUAUUAUACGCCAAAACACGGCUAUAUCUCCACUUGUUUCCAUUGAGGAGAAAACGAGAUCAAGGCCCGUAGUUUCAGUGACACCUACGCGUAGUACAGCUAAUGAGAAUCAUACAAAUCAAUCUGAUACCCAUCGCACACGUUCUACAGCGGUUGUCACUCCCCUUCUUCGGAAUGUCCUUCCAGAACUCAGUGAUGAUUCUUCUGAUUCUGUUGCUUCUACGAAUGAUGUGAAUCUAAAGACAAAUAAUACUGAUGAUAAAGAAAAGCAAUCUAUUCUGGAAGAAAAAGCAGCUAGAAAUAACCAAGAUUCUAACCGAGAUACCUAUCGAACUGACAGUAUUCGCCUAAGAAGAAGACCUGCGAAACAAGGACGCUAUUCCACUGAAUUCAUUAUUUUCACCAAUGUUAAAAACUCUCGGAAAAGAAGCCCUAGUAUCAGUCCUAAAUUAUCAUCCCGUAGCUGGGAAAAAAGUCCAAUGGAGUUGACUUCCAAAUCUGUUGAUGUUAGAACUUCAUCAGUUGUUAGUUCUAAUUCUACCGUUGUUGUUCAGUCAAAUACUAUGUCUACUUUCAACGAUCAAAAUAUAAAAGACAAAGAACAACAAUUGAAAGAUUUGGACGCUGAAGAGCGCCUACUGCUAAUCGAUCGUUCCAUAAAGUCAAGUUUAAUUCAAGGUCAUGAGGAUAUUGCCACAUGUGUUGAUAGGCUUGAGUUUCUUGACAAAAUGACUAUUUCUUUACCAAUAAUGGCUAGAUGUUGGACAGUUGUAGAAACAAUACGAAAAUGCCGUCGAUAUAAACGUUCUUUAGAAGUAAAAAUUGCUGCUCAAAAAGUAUUUAAUAAAUUUCUCCAACUCUAUGCCACUGCUGAUAAAAAUGAGGUUCGUAUUACUUUGGAUUAGUUCCGGCUACAUAUACUCAAUCAAAUAAUACAGUGGUUGUCUCCAAUCACAAUUAAAAUAUGAAAAUUCUUCCUCGUACAAGUCUUGUAUAGCUUUCGUGACAUAAUCAUCAAGGUUGGAUGAUUCUUGAGUUUUUAACAGAUACUAAUGUGUUGUUCGCAUAAAAUAUGAUGUUUUUCGGUGUGUACUGAUAACUAUACAUAAUGUUUUCAGUGUAUUUAUACUAAAUGUUCCUUGUAUGCUAUAAAUAAAAUACUUUUAUAUCGCAGUUUUAUACAUCUUUCUUUUUUAAAUGU